AUGGCGGUAAGGUUAUGUCCAAGCCUACGGUAAGUACAGAGUCUUCUGUUACCAGUAUCAUUCUUUUCCUAACAUCCACAGUUACUCCACAGAGAUGGUAACAGUAAACCUCCAAUACGGGCGCGAGAAAGCCAGCUUCACAAUUCACAAAAGCACCAUCAGCCACCACUCGCCCUUCUUCCUAGCCGCCUUCAACGGAGCCUUCCAAGAAGGCCAAACCCAACAAAUGACACUCACAGACGUCGAUCCCAAAAUCUUCACCAUCUACGUCGACUGGCUCUACUCCCAACACAUCUCCCCCACCUUCCUCUCCGAAAAGAUCUUCAUCCAGACACAGCUCCUCGCACAUCGCUUCCUCUCUCCUAGACUCUGUAACGAGGUAUUGAGAGCCUACAAUCAGCUCCUCAAAACUCCAGGGGUAUACCCCGAGAUGCGCUAUUUUAAUCUUGCGUAUGAGAAUACCGUUGAUGGGAGUCCGUUGAGGAAAUAUCUUGCUUCGCUGGCGGCGGGUGGGAGGUGUAGUCUAGGAUGGAAGAAGAAGGCGCAUCGGGAGGUUUUGGAGGAUAUUCUUGAGUGGGUGAAGGUUAAUAUGAGGACUUGGAAUGGGAGGAGUGUGCGCGAUUAUGGGGAGGAGGAGUUGAAGAUGUUUUUUGGUGGGGUGGGUAAGGUUCGUUUGUCCCCGAUCGACCUUUGCCGUGAUAUUUAUGUUUUUGAACUGAUGUGGCCUUUUGUAGACUACGAAAUCUAUUGCUCGUGAGGUUGGUACUGUACAUGGUAUCCCGGAUCGUACUGCAAAUUAG